CGCGGUCAACGUUUUGUGUUGACAGGAAUUACAUUUUUGUUUUCUUGUCGGGUCAGUCGAUUUCGGAAUGUUUCGAUUCCGUUUUCGUAAUGCUGCUGCUGUUGGCAGAUUUCCGAAGGCUUAUCCUUCGGAUACUAUGGUGGCCGUUCGGAAGAACCUCCGGUGGAUGUUUUUCCGGGUUGAAAUUAUCCUGUUGGAAACGGAAUUUCGAUUGGUUUCAGGGCCGAAAACAAUCGGAGCGGCCGCUUCCAUAUGUGAAGCCAAUAAUAAAAUUUGCGGAUAUCUGUGGAGAUCUUCGAUUCGCUUGUGCAUGAAGAUUUUAAUUUUCCCGGUAAAAUUGGAAACAAGGACUUGUAAAGACACCUUCAAUCAUGCUGCUGUGGAUGCGCGGGAAGCUGGACAUGACGCUGCAGUUUUUAAAAUUAUCUCCCAUUUACAGGCAAGAAUGGAAACUCCGGAUGCCAAAGUGUUGACAUGCGACAUGCGAGACUGUUAAAACCGCUAAACUACCGAUAACAAAAUAACCGACGUAAAGUGAAUUGUUAUUGCGUACGUUAUAUGUAGUUCGAAGAAAAUGCCCUGCUGAUUCCAUUUUUUGAACCAACAUUUGAACAAGUUAACAUGGAAGGAUCUCAUCAUCGCACUAUAAUAGAACACCUUGAUCUCGAAUCGGACACGAAUCACCAUCACCACCUGCAGGAAGAUUUAUCUAAAGGAGUUCUGCGAACGAUUCAUAACGUUGAAAGCGACACGUUACAUUUUAUAACAAUCCCUCCAGCCUCGGAUUCACGGGAGCAAGAGUACAUAGAAAGUUCACUGCUGGGGGCGGAUCUUCUAUCAAGUCACAUUCCUAACGGGCUGUUGGUAGAUUAUAUCGGAGCUCCAGGAACGGCAACUACUCCUGGGACCGCUCAAUUCCAUUCACAGCAAAAUCCCAAUUCCAACAACCUUUUGGAGCAUCAUCAUGGAGGUGCAAUUCAAACGUAUACAGCCGAAGAUUUGCAAUCGCUGGUCGAAGCAAGCUCUAUGCAACAUCAGCAGCAGCAGCAAACCAUAACAGAUACCACGGCGACAGUCGAUGCUGAUCGAAAACUUUUUCUAUCUUCCGGACAACUUUCCCAUGAGGCUCCUGUCAUAGUAACAAAUUCAAAGGAUAUUGCUUCUAUCUCGGUUUUAACGGACCACGAUAAGUUGGUCCACACAUCCCAUGCCCAGUUGACAAAUGUCUCCCACAUGCCAGUUGUUACUAGUGGCAGUAAUUAUCUCCAUUACCAUCAUCAAGAUCUGGGAGGAACAUCGCAAACCACUGGCGGCAACAACCUUUCAACAGCGGGAAAUAUUCUCACCAGCCACCACAAUACCAUAAGUCAUCAUCAUCAUAACCAUCAUCACCACCAUGCUCCACACCAACACCAAAUUAUUCAAAAUACCGCCCACCAACAGCAAAACCAUCAGCAGCAAAAUCAACAGCAACAUGUUCAACAAAGUUCCAACCAACAAAGCUCUUCGCAACACCUAACAUCAAUACACUCGAUGCUGCAAGGUGAUUUGGGAGGUUCUCCGUCAAAAUUGUUCCAUGUUGCUUCGUCCAGUUCCGGUAAUAGCAUCGCAAUCAAUGCGGCAGUUGGCCAAAAUUGCCUUCAGAUGCCUCCUCUGGCUCCCAUCAAGCGAGUUCCAUCCCCAAAACGCUACAUUUCAUAUCCAAUAAUACAGCCACCACAAACAUCUGCCGAUCGGACGGUUUCAUCGGACGAAAUAGGAGUUAAUGGUGAUAAUUUCCUAACCAAGGACGAUUUGCUAGAAUGCGAUUCGCGGUCCGAUGAAGACGACGUUGAACCAACCCACAACUUCAGCGCUAAUAAUCAAUUUUCCAAUACUCAGUACCUUCCGCAUAAAAAGCGGUUAUCUAAAAAUCUGGGAGAUUCCAACAAUCCCAACGAACAGCAGUUUCAACGAGAAUCUGUCAUCUCAAAUGACCACCAUCAGCACUACCAUUUGGAUAAACAGGGCAAACAGCCUCCCAGUGAUCGCACUGAUAAACAAAGUUCGGCUCAAUUUUCGUGUCAGCUAUGUAACGAAUCGUUUGAAAGUCAGAUAGAGUUUUUCACGCACCUCAAGGGACAUUAUGAACCGAUAGUCGGCAGUCCUGUUGAUGAAAGUAAGAGUGAUCCUAAGAAAAAACCUAAACUCCCACGCGUCAAGCACACCAAAAAACUGAAAAAUGAUAAAUCUUCGCGUGAUGCAGCAUCUAAUCGGAAUGCGCACGAGUCAAUUGUAACGAACAGCAAAAUUGAAAUUUAUCAUGAACCAACCAAAAAAUCUAAUUUGUCUGAUGUGAUACCAUCCGCCCAAACGCAAUCAUUACCCGGGAAUGAUGCAGAAAUGUCAGGAGAGUUUAGUGACCCUGAAGAUAUGUUGGAAGGGAUUCGAAACGUGGUUCAAAAAGUACAAGACACCGUUGACACGGAUACCAACGAUGGGCAUGUUUUGGGAGGCUCAACGGGAAAAGCAUGGUUCCAGCAGCAACACCACCAGCAGACGGAAGUUGCAGAAAUAACAAAAACUUUCGAUUAUUCCAGAAGUUUGGAGACCCAAGAAAUACACAUCAAUGCUGGUGGCGACAGUUAUGUGCUAUUCGUUGACAAAUCGGACUUACAGGAGCCAGAUCAACAUCAAAUCAAUCAAACAUCAACGCAUAACCAACUAGGCCGGCAACAAUCUACGAUUGAAUUAAUUUCUCAUCAUCAACUUCUACAAUCGAAUCAUCUUCCACAGCAUGAUACAACCCAAUACGUAAUAACAGAUGCUGGACAACAAUCAGUACCACAACAUUCAACUGCUACCACCAUAAGCCAAGAAUGCGAUAUGAACAUUCAAAUGCUAGGACUCGGUACGACAGGCAUGGAUAACCACGAGAUUCCUAAGCUCGUAGAUUUCAACCUAGGCGAGCAUCAUGAUCUGAACGAGCUGAGCAAUCCGCAGCAGCUGAAACACGAGCAGGAACAUAUAAUCGACGAUACUGAUGAUAAUGAGUCAAACGAGGAAUUCUACGUAUCUGGCGAGGAAGAUGAAACAAUUCCGACUGAAGCAGGCACGGAUGUGGAUCGGCUUGGACCACAAGAGGCGAGAAAAGUUGUAACACAAAAGUCCUUGACCGCAAAGAUCGGUGGAACGGAAAAAGUUGAGGGAGGCAAAAAAUCUGGCAAAAAAUACCCGUGCGUUGAGCCGAACUGUGAUAAGAUUUUCAAUUCCAAGACAGCCGUUCGCUACCACGAGUUACAGCACAAGAACGAGCGGCCGUAUCAAUGUGGCCAGUGCCCCAAAAACUUUUUCACAAGCAGCGCACUGAAGGUGCACGAACGAUUGCAUUCUGGCGAGAAACCUUACAAGUGUGACGAAUGCGCGCGUUCUUUCCGGCAGUGGGGAGAUCUAAAGUACCACCAAGCUUCCAUCCAUUCGAAUGAAAAAACGCACCAGUGUGAAUUUUGCGGGAAAAAAUUUGCCCGACGGUAUUCGCUCGUGUUACAUAGGAAAAUCCAUCUCAAUGAGAAAAAUCACGUUUGUGACAUUUGCAACAAAGCUUUCAGGGCGAGCUCGUAUCUGCAAUCCCACCGCAUGAUACACACCGGUGAAAAGCCAUACGCUUGUAAGGUCUGCGGAAAGCAGUUCCGUUGCGGUGGCGACAUGAAGCGUCACAUGAAAACACACAAUCGGCAGCCGGAUACUGGUGACGGUAAACCGGUCGUUGACGCGGUAAAACGUAACAGCAAUACAACGAGGCCGAUAAAGCAAAGUAAAACUCCUGCAACAUCACAAGGUCCUUCCAGCAACGAAGUCGCUCCGGAGGACGUGAUCGAUUUGACAAAAAUUAAAUCCGAAUCAAUACAAACUACCCCGGUGGAAACGAUCGUGUCCAAUGAUCUCGACCAAGUGGGUAGUAAAACGGUUGUCUAUCAUGCCACACCGAUUUUAGAUUUGCCAGGAGCGAGCGAACUGUGUCUCGAUCGCGUGACAAAGCCGUAAACCAAUCACCUAUUCCGGCGUUGCUUGAUCGGCCAAACCAUGGAACAAAAGUAACAUCAUUAGCACGGCACUCUACAGCGUGGUCCAAAUGUUGGCAGAUAAAUACAAUGUUGCAGUUAAACAAGAGACAUGAGUACAUAUGUACCAUCCGGAAGGCAAAAGCACCAUCCACAAGCCAAAUAGGUCAUAUCGAAUUUCGCCAACCGACCAUAUAUAUUUUGUAGGUAUUGUGUGUGGAUCGUGUAGAUGUAUUAUAAUUGUUUAUUAGGCUUGUAAAUAAUUUGUAGAUAAGUAUUAAAAACAUUGUGUAGAAAGUUUAUAAAAAAAAAAACAAAUGACUAAUCUAAAUCUCUUAUAAACGAUUUACUUUUGGGAAAAUAAAAAUAUGAUUCGUUAUGCUUAA